AUGCCUCUCCUCCCACCAACUAUCAACGCCCAAAAAAGAUCAGAAAGCGAUCAAGCUCAUACAGAAGAGGCAAAGUUAGUUGGUGGUAAUGUAUUCCCUACCAAAAAGGAAAAUUCUAGUAUUUCAAAAUUCUUCGGCCCUCUUUCGAGACAUAACUUUGAUUUUUAUAUAUUUCUGUCUAAUUUUUCAGGAGACUCAAAGUAGUUGACAUGGCUCAAAAAGUCACUCGCCAAAUCAUCAGCUCUUCAAAUGCUCCAGCUGCAAUCGGACCAUACAGCCAAGCAGUUCGAGCUGGAAAUACAAUUUAUUUGAGCGGAUCACUUGGAUUAGAUCCAAAAUCUGGAAAUUUGAAGGAAGGAAUUUCAGAGCAAACACAUCAAUCACUCAAAAAUAUUGGAGAAGUUUUGAAAGCCGCCGGAGCCGAUUAUAAAAAUGGUACUUUUUGGAAAUGUAAGCUGACUUAUUUUGAAAAUAUGAUAUUUUUCAGUCGUCAAAACUACCGUACUCCUUCAAGACAUCGGAGAUUUCGCAACUUUCAAUGAAAUUUAUGGACAAUAUUUCAAGGCUCCAUAUCCAGCAAGAGCUGCUUAUCAGGUAUUUAUUUCUUUGAAGAACAAAAUAAUUAAAAUUAAUUAGGUUGCCGCACUUCCAAAAGGUGGACUCGUUGAAAUUGAAGCUGUUGCGAUUGCUGGAGAAAUCGAAGAUGCAUAG